GCAUGGACCAAAUUGACAUCAUGUGAUGUUUUUAAAACGGAAAUGAAGUUGUGUACUGAACUUAAUGGGAGCAGUGAGCUGCAGCAGAAUUCAAUGGCAGUGCUUGAGAACACAGGGAUUCGGUCACAGGAAUAUCACGCAUCCACGUCCAGCUUUGAAAAACUGCAUCUGCACAGCCAUGGAGUCAUGCGGGGAUACAGAAUUCUAUGAGGUGCAGACAGACCUCUAUAGAGAACCUGGCUUGAGGCGCCUUCCAGUAUAGCAUCCCUGAAGUUGCUAUCUGUGUAGCAUCCCUGAAGUAGUUGAAUAAUCUGGUGUUGUGUAGGAAAAAAAGCAAGAGUCUAAAAUGAGUUCCAACCAUGAGAGCUCUCUUACACCCAGCAUGUUCGAUGUGGAUUAUUCUUCUUGGAAUGUGCGCUACAAAGUAAUUGCUGCUGGAUUUAUUUUCUAUUGUGCAGUGUUUCUGCUCUGCCAUGUUGUAUCAGUUUGCUUCUCUCAGACGUACUACUCCUUGUCAGCAAAAGAGAAGGUGUUUUGGGACCUUGCAGCUACUCGUGCAGCAUUUGGGAUCCACAGUGCAAUAGCUGGCCUGUGGGCAUUGCUGGUAGAUCCAGUGAUCUCUGCUGACAAAGUAACAACACAGCAGAACUGGUCUUGGUUUACCCUACUCAUAGCCACAGGGUUUUUUCUCUUUGAAAAUGUGGCUCUUCAUGGAUCCAAUUUAGUGUUCAGAACAUUUGACGUGCCUUUGGUGAUUCAUCAUUUCUUUGCUUUUGCUGGAUUUUCUGGUGCAGUGAUUUGGGACACAAUUGGUCACUAUUUACCUAUGGUGACACUGUUACUUGAGAUGAGCACUCCUUUUACCUGUGUUUCCUGGAUGCUUUUAAAGGCUGGCUUGGCAAAAACUGUCUUCUGGAAGGCCAACCAGUGGCUAAUGAUCCACAUGUUCCAUUGUCGCAUGGUGCUCACCUACCACAUGUGGUGGGUCAGCUGGUGUCAUUGGGAUGUAAUCAGCGGAAACAUUGUCCUGCCUGUGCGUGUCCUCUUCUUCACUGGACUGGCCUUGCUUACUUUUAUAUUAAACCCAGUGUGGACUCACAAAAAGACCAUGCAGCUUCUGAAUCCAGUGGACUGGAACUUUGGCAACAAGCCAGCACCUGAAAAUGGUCCCUCUGCAAAACAAGAUGGCCAGUUACCAAAAAAAAAAGCUAAAUAACAAAGACGAUUACCUAAGUAUUAGUUACAGGUUAAUAGCGGUGUGAUCGUGGUGGAAUGUGUUGGAUUUCUAUACACAGGGAUUUUCAAGCAACUGUUUUAAACAUGUUCUCAUGGGUGAAAGUUUUCCGUCUGUAAAUGGAAUUCCGUCAAAAUUGCCUUUUUGUGACCUUUUACAUUUUAUUUUCUCCUGUUAAACUUGAUUUAGUUUAUAUUCAGUAUGAAUCUACAAUUGUAAUGCUGUAGCUGUUCAGUUCUGGCAGGAUUUAGCCAAGACAGAGCAGCGAGAGGUUACAAGCAUCCGAAUCCACCAGGUUAAACCGCAAAAACAUCAAUAAAUAGAGCUUGACACAGUGACUAAAGAAAAAGAAAAAUGCCAAAACGUAAAUGUAUUUUGCAUGAUUAUUAUUAUUGUUAUUAUUACUGUUAUUAGUAGCAGUAGUAUUAAUAAAGUCAAUAUAAAAGUGGCAAAACAUAUGUAACACAAUAUGGCUAGUUACUGGCCACAAAAUAUAUACCCAGAGUGUAUUGAAAUUAGCAAGCUGCUUAAAAGCAAAAAAAAAAAGAUAAUACAAAGUGAGAGGAUGACUGUUUAAAUAACCAUUAAAAUAGCAUAUAUUUAACAGGUUUAAUUAGUCUUAUCAGUUAUUUAACAAUGUGUCCCGGUUUUGAGCUUUGAAACCCUGGUCACUCUACCUAAGCGGUCCCCAGACCCCCAGCUAAAAGGUUAGUUUUCCCCCAGGAGUUUGUCAAAAUGAUCAUUGGCCACUUUCACUCAUGUGUUCUGUUCUCUUUUGCUUGAUAUUCCUGCCUGCUAAACAGUUUAACGGUAUCUAUAUCUGGAAAGGAAGAUGCAAACCCCCCUGGCUGAUAAUGCAUUCUUCAUUACCAAUGAUUUUGAUUAGAAGAGCUUUGAGUUUUCCCUAAAAUGUUGCCUCUAUAUAAAUUGUCAAUAUGACCUCAGUAUUUUUAACAUCACUAAUUUAUGGGAAUUGUCUUUUAAAACACAUUCUUUAAAUACUUCCGGAGUAAAAGCUUUGCUAUAGAGCCCUAUGUUAACUCCAGACUACCAAGCUGUUUCUUACUAGUGUUAAAAACUGCUGCUAGGUCUUCCUCUGCCACAAAUUGUGCAAAUAACAAAAUGGUUUACAUAAAGAGUCUAGUGUGUUUAACAAUUAGAAUCUGUUAGGAGGGUUUACCUGUUUAAUAUCCAAUGUGAUCGCUGUGGUUGAUUCUAAUUUUAUCAUUAUUUGCCAUGCUUACGAACCAUCCCUGCACAAAUUGCUUCUGAAAUGACUCCUGUAUUUACUGUUACUUUAAGAUUCCUAGGAAUUCAAAAGCCAUUCAACACGAGCAAACAUGUCUAGAUUUGGUUAUGGAAAUGUGGAUCUUUUUGUGACAAAGGGUCUGGUUUAGUAUUCGGCAAUCAAUAUUAAACUUGAUCUACUUCCGGUUUAACUGAUAAUCUCAGUGAGCUAAUCAAUUUUUGGUACACUACAGUUGGGUUUAUCAAUGGUAGUAAUAUUAGUGCUAGCAAGGUCAAACUCACUUAAUCCCCCUGCUUCUGCCAUUUAGUGACAACUGAGGGGGGUACUCUUGACACCCAUGUGUAAGAUGGUGUCAGUACUGUUCUGUUGUUGGGUUAAUUGAUUUGGGAGGAGAGGGGGGGGGUACAGUUAUUUAAAAAGUACAGGAUUGUGUACAACAGCAACAGGAGUUAAGGUAUGAUUGCAAUAAACCAUCAACCACAAGUGUUAUAAUGAACACAGGCAAUUUUGCUUUUACAUUUAUGCAAACAUAAUUGUUCAAUAAAACUGCUUCCGGUGUACGGAGGUCAAGGAUGAACGAGACGCACGGUCACAUUCAUGCUAAGUGGGCUUGCAGUUUACUUCAGCAUCCAGACAUGCAGUGCUAUUACUGAACAAGCUGUUUAAGAGCCUGAAAACAAUUGAAAAAUCACCCCUAUGGAUCAGCUGAAGGAGUUUGGCAGUAGCCAUCCAGAUGAGAAAGACUAACUCAGAGAUAUACUAAUAUGAAUGCUAUUUUUUGUUUUGUAUUAUUACUACACAGAAGUAUUUGUAAUGUUUAAAGUAAAAUGGGAAGUUUGUUUAUAUUAUUGAUUGAUGGCACUGGUGAGCUUGUAACUUUGAAAAGUGUUUCAGUAAAUACUUCAUGUGCUAACUGUUAUUCAGUAGUAUUGUUUGUAUCUUCUAACGUGAUGGGGGGGGGGGGGGAUGACAGGGACUAAACUAUUUUAAUUAUUAUCGGAGAUUUUUUUUUUUUUUUUUUUUUUUUUUUUUUUAAUGCAGCUGAAUAGGAUCCCUGGUUAUCAUGCAUAUGAUACACUAAGAGGAAUUCGGUUGCAUUUCUGAAAGUUAGCUUCACAAUGUUUACUAUUGAUUGAAUUGACAGAUAAAACAUUAUAUAGUGUUCGUAUUGUGCUUUGUUUUCUACAAAUGUAACUAUCCUUCCCUUUUUUAUUUUACUUUUAAUGUGUUACUAAGCACAGCCAGCAUAAACAGCUGUAAUUCUAUCGUAUACAUUGGAUUAUAAGAGAGAAUCACUCGGCUGGUCAAAUUAAGCACUUGGAGUCCACCUACAUUGUUUCUUCCUCGAUUUGUACCAUCACUUGUGUAUUUAAAUAGGAGUGAGGGAUAGUGACCUUUAUUUGAGAGGUAUUCAAAAUGUUCCGAGUCACAGAGCAUUCAUUCAUUCAGUUGAAUUUUAAAUGUACUUCUGCAAUUAUAUAAUAGCCCCAGUACCAUUUCAUUUGCAGCCUCAGGGUGUUAAUGUAAGUGAUUCUUAACUUUUUUGGUGAUACUGGCUAAGAGUAUUACAUUUCAAUUAGUUCUGGGAUGAACAUGGAAAUUUCAUGUUCGGAUAUUCGGUCAAGAUUUAGAUAUUCAUUCAAAUACUCAUUCAUUUUCAAAACCAUAUCAAAACCAUUAUGUGUAACACUGUAUUAAAGUUGAAAAAUAUCCCAGAAGUAAGAAGCCUUAUUUUACCCUUGUGAAUUAACUACAAAACAAAGAAUGCCAUUCAGUAGUUACAGUCUUGUGUGUAUUUCGGAUAAAAACAAAGUUAGGGCUACUGAUUUUCCAUUCUUGGGAAUAGCAAAUUCAGUUUUUCAAAAAUGUCCAAUUUUGUUUUUUUCCCCACUUUUUAUCAACAUUAAUAUUUAAACAUGGCAUUUGAACAUAAAUAUAAUGUUGAUAGUUAAAAUAAGUAAAUUAAUAAAUAUUACACCAUUUUUUAUAUUUUUAUUAAGCCAAGAUUUUCAGUAAGACUCUGUGCUGUGAUCUUUCAGUUUUGUAUUUUUAAUAUAUAAUUUUUUUUCUCAAUAAAAACUUUUUUUCCCCUUAA